AUGAAGGUGAAUGGGACUAUAUGCCGUCACCCGCUCGCAUCGAAGCGUUUUUUGAUGGUAUUCCGCGACGAACGAGGCGAGGAGAUGCCUGAAAUGUUUGAGCUGCUGACACGCUACGAGGCAGUUGCGCCAAUAGCACGGGGGACAUACGGAUUUGUGUGUGCCGCGCGCGACAAUGAACUGGUGGAGGAGUUUCAGCUCAAUCCACCCGCGGAGUACAGUGAUGAGAAUCUCACAAAGGAGGAGCGCGCAGAGAUGUAUGAAGUCAACACAACGGUCGCGGUGAAAAAGUUACGGCAGCUGUUCGAACGUAACCAACCGCGCAUGUGGCUCUGCGCAACGCGGGAGAUUCAACUCAUGAUGGCAUUCAACCACGAGAAUGUGAUGUCCGCGACAGACUUCUUCAUUCCGCUCGGCGAGUGUGAGACGAUGACAUACGAGUCGGUGGAGCACCUGCGUCUGAACUUUGACAGUGUGUACGUAGUCAUGAAGAAGAUGGACUACACACUGCGCGAGGUCCUCGAGUCCAGCAGCUACACGCCUCCAGAGGAAGACAAGCCCGGGAUGGGGGAAGAAGCAGCCGCAGUAGCAGAAGACGGGGAGGAGGGAAAGAUGCCUCCUGGAGCAACGGCGAGUCCUGCGGAAACAGGGCUUGGGGAACGUGCGAAGGCUCGCAUCUUGACGUGCCCGAUUACGCACGUCCCACUGCAUCCCCUCCAGCGCGACUACCGCAUGUACAUCCUCUACCAGCUCCUGCGCGGCGUGGGCUACCUGCACCUGUGUCCCGUCAUCCACCGCGACAUCAAGCCAGAGAAUAUCAUGCUAGACCGCAACUACAGCACGCGUGUGUGUGACUUUGGCCAAGGCCGUGAUGCAGCUGUGCUGGGGAUGAACGAUGUCCUCCAGACGUACCUGGACAACUGCACGCAGUGGUACGCCGCACCGGAGACUCUCACGCUCAACAACGUCCCCUCCUCCACUGGCUUUGUCGAUCAGAAAAGUUUCCACGGUGCCGAUGUGUGGUCGAUCGGCUGCAUUGCGGCAGAGAUGCUGAUGGGGCGGCCGCUCUUCUACAGCAAGCAUUUCGGUGGCACGGGGCAGCUGCACGCUAUCAUGGGUGUUCUCGGCUCCCCAACCGACGAGGAGGUGGAGAACAUUCUGCAGCACCGUGACGUGGACACGCGCAAGGUGUUUCAGGAGAUGCUGAAGCAGGAGAUGCAGCAGUACGCGCACAAGAAGUCACAGCUGCGGCAGCUGCUUACGAGCCCAUACAACGACGUGGACGAGGAGGAGGUGAAGCUCAUUGAGAACUUCCUCCGUUACGGUCCGUGCCGCCGCAUGACGAUACAGGAGGCGCUGCAGAGCCCAUUCUUCAUAAACGAGGGAUACGACCCGGUGAUUGACCCCGACGAUACCGCGACGCACGUGCGGGCGGUACAGGCCGACGACAUUGUAGAGGCGGUAAAGGGGCGCGAAUUCCUGUGGUCGCUGUUCCUGCAGCGCCACCCGGAGGUGCAGGAGCUCGUCGGAAUGCUGGAGCGCAGGAAGAGCUGCACAUUAAUAAAUGGUGAUGCACGAGGACUGUGUGUGGCGCGGUAG